AUUGUCAUUGGCUAUUAAAUUUUUUAUAAUAAACAAAUAAAACAUUGUUUAUGUUCUUCUAUUUUUGUAUUAUUACUUCAGAAUUUCAACAUUGAGGUUGAAUUACAUUACAAAAAGUGUAAACACACCACUAAAUUUGUGUAUUUUUUUUUCUUUUUUUAAUAUUUAUUAAUUUAUUUUGAGUUUAAAAUGAGUGGUACUAAAAAUACGUCAUAUUAUAAAAAUAAUAUUUAUAAUAAAAAUAUUAAUAAACCAUUUAAAUUAAAUAAUUUAUUUAAUAAAAUACAAAUAAAUGAAUGGACAUUUAGUUUGUCUCUUUUUUUGUUGUCAUUGUCAAUUGUUGUUGUCAAGGUUUCUCUGCUUUAUGGUACUGGAUUACCAAAAACAAUAACAGUUAUUAAUUAUGAAAAAUUGACAAAUAUUUCAAUGGCUGUAUUUGAUGAUAAUAAUUUAAUAAAUAAAUUAAAUAAAACACAUUUAUAUCAUGAUGUAUUGUACAAUAAUGUUGUUGAAUUAACUGAUAAUAUUGGAUGGUUGAUAAAAGCUGGUCUAAGUGGUUUAUCAGUUAUGGGAUUUACAUGGUUUAUUGUUUACAAAGACAGUUGUGUACCAGGUGUUAAUCCACCAUCACCAUUCAGUCCAUCAAAAAAUAAAAAUACGCUUAAUGAUAAUUCAAAAAUACAAAUGAAUUAUUUAGUUGGUGUCAUCAAUGGAGUACUCAUUUUUAUAUACAUGUGUCUUUAAAAAUUCAAAAAGAAAAAAAGAAAAAAUUAACCAGUGAAGAUGAACAGUUUAUACGAAUAUUUAUAAUUAAUUUAAUUACUUCAUUACAUUUAGGUAUUUAUCAAUCAUUAAAUAUAAACAAUAACAAAAUUUAUUUUCUCUAUAAAAAUUAAAUAAUUUUAUAGAAACAGUAUUCAUCUUCCACCUUACAGUACAUGAAUUUAUUCAUCAAGUAUUAUUAUUUUUUUGUUUGUUUCAAUCAAAAUAAUAGAUAUAUUAUAAUUUAUGUUGCUCAAAAUAAUCAUUUAUCAUUUAAUUAAUUAAUUUUCAUAUAUUAUUGUAUUCUUUCUACUUAAAAAUAUGUAUUUUUCUAAUUAAUAUUUAUUUCAUACAUUUCGUUAUGAAAAUGUAUAAUUAAAAAUUAAAGAAAAUGUCUGAUAAAUUCAGCUGGAAAAAAAUAAGUGUAAUAUUUAUUUGUUAAUAAAUAAAUUUAAUCAUAAACUAUAAUGAUUUUUGUAUGUUUUUUUAAUAUGCAAUUGAAUUUUCUGGUUUAACAAGGUGAUUAUUUUACCAUUUUAAUUGCAUUUGUGCCAAUGGAAAUUUUUGUGGCAAUAAAACACUGGCCUUCAGCAUGAUUCAGCGAUAAUUGUUUGACGUUUUUUUUACAUGCUAGUAUGAGUGUUUUAUCAAAGCAAAAUAUACAAAUUUUUAAUUUAAAAAAGUGAGUAGUUUAUUGUAUAUAAAUUCAAGGUUGUAAUGAAGCUUACAAAUUUUAAA